AUGGCAGGUAGUCAUAUGCGCUACCGUCAUUUGAGCCGUAAAUCAUCUCAUCGCCAAGCUCUCCUCCGAAAUCUGGUCACCAGUCUCUUCGAACACGAAUCGAUAUCCACAACAUGGCACAAGGCCAAGGAAGCUCAGCGACUUGCUGAGAAGCUGGUAACGCUGGGCAAGAAGAAUACGGAAGCUAGCAGGAGGAAAGCAUUGGGUAUAUUCUAUAAACCUCACGAUCUCGUUCCCAAGCUUUUCGGACCUUUACGAGAACGAUAUGCAGAUAGACCCGGCGGUUAUACACGAGUUCUACGAGUCGAAUCUUUGAAGCCAGAUCAGGCACCUUCUGCGAUUCUAGAGCUAGUGGAUGGACCGAAGGAUAUGAGAUUUGCGAUGACCGCGAGAACGAUAGCGAAGGAUCGAGCAGAGGGCCAGGAAUCCACGGAGAUGACUGACAGGAAUGUGGAGAAGGUGACUCGAUACAGACCUGAUGGCGAGAAAGACUUAGAGAGUAUGGUUGCGAAGUUGAGUAACUUGAAAGUCGGGGAUAGGAGUAACGCCUCGACUGAUGAGAGGCGGUGGGGAGGCGAUGUGUAGAAUAUAUGAAUAUUGUAAGGAUAGGGAGCACAUUCUUGGUGUACAUCAUUGCAUUGGUAGGCAUUUACAAGAUUGUGAAAUUUUCCGGGCGAGAUUUCAGGUACUUUACACAAAAUCAAAAGUAUCACCCUUCUCCCUGACCAUCUUCCCGACUCUUUCAGUACCAGCAAUUCUCUCUAGCUUCAAAACAUCCCAUUUUGAAAAGACUGCUCUCACACUCCCCUCUCCUGGCUC